GCUUCACACUGUAAAAGAGCACCAAAACAAACAGAGACGGAGCAGAGGGAAUGAAAGACUGCAGUGUUUUGGGAACACCAGAGUCCUGACUACACAUGUGAUUCCUUGUCAGCUGGCUGGAGUGAAGGGUGACAGGCAUCCCCAUCCGCCUGGGCAGAUGUCCCUCUCAUUUUGGCCUGACUGGAAAGGAAGUGAGAACAUCUGGGGAGAAGGACAGGAUCCAUGGAGGAAAAAAACAAGAGGAGGAAGAGUGGAGUCAGGAGUAGGAGGAGGAGAGUGACUUUCCUGGAACACUGGUGCAGGGUUAAAACAGCUGUUUGUUUCUGUUUUUUAUUGCAACACCUGGAAUGCUUAACGUGGACUGAUGGAUGUUUCCGAACUGUGCAUCCCUGACCCUCUCUGCUACCACAACCAGUUGCUAACCAGAAUGCCCUCUGAGGACCGACACCUGUCCUCGAGCUGUGGUUCUUACGUCAAAACCGAACCUUCCAGUCCUUCCUCCUCGCUAGUAGACACCGGCAGUCACCACAGUCCCAGUGGCAACUCUGACGCCAGCGGCGGCUACGUUCACGGCAACAGCAGACACUCACACGCCCUGGACUCCCCGCCAAUGUUCAACCCAGCCAUGCUCGGAGGUGGCGCCACCUGCCUACGCCGCUACGAGGAGUGCUCCGGUGGUGUGGCAGAUGACUCGCCAAUCAAGUGCGAGUACAUGCUCAAUGCCAUUCCAAAGAGGGUGUGCCUGGUGUGUGGUGACAUUGCCUCAGGGUACCACUAUGGGGUGGCCUCCUGUGAGGCCUGCAAAGCCUUUUUCAAGAGGACAAUACAAGGGAAUAUUGAGUACAGCUGUCCGGCCACCAAUGAAUGUGAGAUCACCAAAAGGAGACGCAAGUCGUGCCAGGCCUGCCGCUUCAUGAAAUGUCUUAAAGUUGGCAUGUUGAAAGAAGGUGUACGUCUGGACCGGGUGAGAGGGGGGAGACAGAAAUACAAACGGAGGUUGGACGCAGAGAACAGCGCCUACCUCGGCCUCACCAUCCCCCCUCCAGCCAAAAAGCCAUUGACGAAGAUCGUUUCCCAUCUGUUGGUGGUGGAGCCAGAGAAGAUCUAUGCCAUGCCUGACCCCACCAUGCCCGACGGAGACAUCAAGGCCCUGACCACGCUGUGCGACUUGGCCGACCGCGAACUGGUGGUCAUCAUCGGCUGGGCAAAACAUAUCCCAGGUUUUUCCACUCUCUCGCUGGCAGACCAGAUGAGUCUACUGCAGAGUGCCUGGAUGGAGAUCCUGGUGCUGAGCAUCGUGUUUCGCUCCCUGCCCUGCGAGGACGAGAUUGUGUACGCAGAGGACUACGUCGUGGAUGAGGAGCAGGCGAGGAUCUCAGGCCUGUUGGACCUGCACGUCGCCAUCCUGCCGCUGGUCCGACGCUACAAGAAGCUGCGCAUGGAGAAGGAGGAGUUUGUCACGCUCAAAGCCAUUGCCCUGGCCAACUCAGACUCCAUGCACAUAGAGAAUAUCGAGGCGGUCCAAAGGCUCCAGGAUUCUCUCCACGAGGCUCUGCAGGACUUUGAGGGCUCCCAGCAUCCAGAGGACCCUCGACGGGCAGGCAAGCUGCUAAUGACGCUGCCUCUGCUCCGUCAGACCGCCACCAAGGCCGUUCAGCACUUCUACAGCAUCAAAAUGCAGGGCAAAGUCCCCAUGCACAAACUAUUCCUUGAGAUGUUGGAGGCCAAGGCUUGACACUUGGGCCAGAUGUUUGACAGACAGCUGCAUCACCCAAUGGGAAGCAAGGGACAGCCCAUAAAAAAUAAAGGUGGUGUGCCAAUUGAGAGUGAAAGGAUGAGGCUUGGACUACAGAGUCAUUUUAACACUUUUAAAUGUUAAUAAACAUAAACGAAAACAGGACUUGAGAUGGUUUUAAAAAGGGUGAAUAUCAACCUGAUUAUGGGAUCAUGAUGAUGUAUAUAAAGAUGUGGUGUACAGAAAUCAGGCAACUGAGGUCUUGUUAUAACCAGAGACCCAUUGCUCUAUAUCACCUGACGCUUCUGUGAAUUUGUUUCUUAUCUUAUUUUCAUCUAAAAAAUGGAAGUGUGUUAAUAUAAAUGUCCUAAAGAACUGUACGGCUACGUAGCCACAUUAUGUGUUUUUGUUUCUUCCUUUCACAUUUUCUAAUCUCAGCUGUCAAAGCAAUAGUCUCUAACUGGUCUACAUAUAAUAUGUGUACUGUAUAUUGUGUGAAAUUGCACUGGGCGGGGACGGGUGGGGGGGAGAAUUGUUAGACAUAUUCUUAUAUUCGUCAAGAAAGCGGUACCCGCCAUGGGUAUGUAAGAUUCUCGAUUUCCUCGUAAUAUAUUUACCUCGUAGUAGCGUCAUCGACUCAGCCAUUUUAGUCAACUUGGUGCUUACAGAAGGACAAGGGUUGGCUAGUGAUCAUAGUUCACAAAGAGUUUGCACUAAGCAUCUAUGAAUAACGUGGCAAUAAUGGGUAUUGUACUAGCGAGCUCUGGUAGCAUCUCAGUCAGUGGUUUUUGCUUAUAGUGACUAAAUCCCCUUCUCACCUAUGUGUUCAGUGUCAUACACAAAUAUUGGCAACUAAGCAUACUGUGAAAAAUACACAUGAUAAGCUAUAUUCUGUGCUGAGAAUUUUUAACCUAAACUGUAUGGCUUGUUUAAAAAAAAGGUUUAUUUAGAUUUAAAUACAGGUAAAUGACACAAUAACAGCAACAUCUAUGCAAUUUAAUGCAAUCUAAUCUGCUCCUUAAUGCAGCCUGAUAGCCUACAAUAAAUACUACCUUUGUGAAGUUUAUAAUGUUCAGUUUGUAUCAGAUAGGUGCUGAGUCAAUGCUCUGGUCAUUUUUGAGUAUAUAGUUUUUGAUGGUGCUGUAUUAGAUUGCAAUAUAUUGUAUAGGUUUAGAUUUUUCUUCUAUCCCCCCCCCCUUGUUUAGGUUGUAUUCUCAAACAACAAGUGUCACUAUAUAGACAACAUUAGUUCCACAGCUAAUCACAUUAACCCUUUGUUUGUUUUGAGUCAUAUGUGAUACCAAAGUCUGUAUGCUAGCUUCAUGCAUCUAAACAUUAAACAGUUUUUAUGAUCCUAUAUUUUGUUCUCAGUGUGGACUACAGGUUAAAUAUUGUGACACUGAGAGGGGAAACUUUGAAAUUUUGACUCUGCUGUCAAAUGUCUGCUGGGCAUUAAGAUUAAGAUAUUUUACAUUCUGAAUUUCAAAUAACCCAUAAACGAGACAAAACACCUUAACAAAGGCCUCAUGUCUUCAUGAAUGGUAAUAUAAGCCAAUAGUUUUCAAGUACACAUAACUGCCACAGCUGAAGCUUGACAGAUCAUGAUUCCCCUUUAUCUUCAGUUUUGGUAUCAGUUUCAGGGUGGCAAGUUCAAAUAAAGAUAAUGCACUUUUUUUUUAGCUAAGGGUCUUGAGUCCCUUUGUCUCCUUGAUCGUUGAAAUUUAAAUUUAAGCUUGCUGCCAUUUAAAGGUUUAAAUGUUUGUGUGCAACAAUAUAAUGACACUUGUGUUUCUGAGAAGAACUUGAAUUACCCUCUGAAUUGAAACAACAACAAUGACAGAAUAUAUCAGACCUCAGAUGUUCUGUAUCUUUGCACAUCUUUAAUGAAGGUGCUACUCAUUCAGACUGGCACUGUAUGUACAUUUCUACAAACGCUGACACUCUGACAUGCUGAGGUGCACAAACUAAGUCAAUAAAUCAGUAUAUUCCAGAAGUGAUGGUAGACUUUUAUAGCAUAAUAUCUAUCAAUUGUAAACCAGUUGCCAAAUUAUUCAAAGAAAGCAAUCAAAAUUACGUGAUACAGUUAUCAACAUGUUACAAGAUCAAAAUACUACAAUAAUAGAUUAAUGAGCUGCUCUUAGGAUUUUAGUGUAACAGAUAUUGUCCCUUACAAACACUUUAAAGCAGUAGUGUCUUUAAAGUGUCAAGUGCCAUUAGCUUCUGCCCAAACAAGAAAAAAACAUAAAGUCAAGCGACCAGUAACUACAGACAUAGGCCAGUUUCUACAGUUGAAAAGAUCCCCACAGGAACAGACGCUAUUGAUUCACUGUAAUGUAAUGCAUAGAUAAUUAUAACCCAAUGCAGUAGAGAAUACAAUUCCCAUGAUGCACUUCCCUAAAUGUGUAACCAGCUAAUCCAUCCCCAAUUCAAGCGAGGGAUGUAUCACCUAUACAGUAGCGAACUGAAGCGUAGAGUCUUCAAAUACUUUCAAAUUAAACACAAGUAACACUGAUAAAACUGCAUUUUGAGCCAGCAAGUGCAAUAAGGAUGUUAUUUACAUUAUAUUAUUAAUGGUUAUACCUUCAUUCUGCUAAUUCUGCUAUUCGUUUUGAGCAUCCUCCAAACCUACGAUGGCGGUGAUAGGAGCUCAACAAGAGGAAAAUCUUUUAUCUUUUUUCAAUGCAUGCAUUGAUUAAACAUCUCUUUGCCAAUAUGAGACACUGUGUAAAGUCUCACCCAGUAGCCUCCCCAAGAGAUGAAACUCAUAAAAAAUGUUUUUCAUAUUAUGAUGGUUAAAGGAGAGUGUUUCAAUGAGCUGUGUGAAGUGUUCGUGAACACAUUCUGGCCAAAAGCUUGACCAAACCAGGCAAACUGACUGUCUCUCCUCUGACCAGAGUUCCUUCACGUAGAUCCUCUGUGCACUUUGGAGACUGAUAGCAGAUAAUUGUUUCCCAACUUUCCCUUCUUCUCAAAUUAAUGUAAGAAAAUAAAAGAAAAAUGCUUAAUUUAUUUUCAGAGUUCUAAAACGGUUCUACUGCAUCCAAUUAAUUCUAAUUGUCUCCUAAGCUGAAAUUCUCAAAAGAAAUGGAGCAAUUAAAUUUCUGCUUUGGCUCUACCUUGGGGACAAGAGACGUUUUAUUUCGGUUGACGGUGGGGAGGGUUUGUUUAAACCUUUACAAAGGCGAUUUCAUGGGUGUCUGUAAUAGUUUCAUAACAGAGCGAUCACUGGGCUAUGCAAGGCAAAUAUGGCCACCUAUGUUCCUUGUGUUGUGGCGCAUCAGACUGACAUUUAGUUGUGCUUUGUUUACAACGUGGACAUGCUGUACAGUGCUGUACAGUGCAAAUGUAUUGUGCAUAUUUCACCAUACUAUACUGUAGCUGCUGUGCAUCGAUAUAACUAUGAUCAUUUGUUUAAGUUGCCCGUUGAAUGAAUUUCUCAUGAUGUAGCCUAUUAGCAACUUCAACACAAAUUCAGAGCCCACCUGAAUAGCUGUGUAAUAUAAAUCACUGUACUGAGUCAAGUGAGAAUAAUAAGUGAGUUAUAUUUGGCCUAAGGUGGGAUAUUCUCUCAUUUGCUUUUUCUUUUCUGUGUCUUUGUGUCUCUCAAUGCUGAAACACACACUGUGUUAUCUUCGAUUUUGGUUAUCAGCACAGCAGGACGUAUAGCGAGUGAAGAAGUCCAGACCCUAUACCUCAAUUCAUAUUUUGAAAAUUACACUGGGUUUGGAAAGGGGCCAUGGGUUCCUCCUGGGAAUCAGUGGCACAGAAAUAAAGUGACAUCACUGACUUGGUAUUAAAAAAAAUGUAGAUGAACCUACUGCAAUUGGGGAGCACAUUCCUCGGAGGAGAAAGCUGCUUAUUCGCUGUUCCAUUUGCGGACUUAUCUCCGUGCACUCUGAGAUGACGAGAUUUACAUAAAACAUGGAGGAACCUCCCUGGCCACGGUGUAUAAAGGACCCUGCUAGGUGUAUGUACCAUAGACAUGUGAUUACCCAAGAGGUUUACUCCCCUCUAAAGCAAUAUGUUAGCAAUUGUGAUAUAUGAAUCAAGUUAAAAGGAAGCUUUGGUUCAUUUUAAUUAUAAACUUACCCCAUGCUCAGAAAAGGACAGGGUAACUAUGCACACAAGUUCACAGUCCUGGUGAGACAAAGCGAAAAAAUGUGAAAAAUGCUGGAGAAGCAAAAAGCCAACCACAGCUGGGUUUCACUGGACAGUAUUGUGUGGCAUUUUCUUGUGUUUUGUUUGUUGUGUUCAUGCCUAAUGUACCCAUGUGUAAAUAUAUGCUUUUUUUUGAGUGAGUCAGAUCUAACAGUGCACUGAAUGUACAGUGACAAUAAAAUCACAUGGUUUAUGUAA